GCCGCCCCUGCCGCCCGCGCCGGGCGGCCCCGCGGCCCUCGCGCGGCCUGAGGGCAGGGCCGGGGCCGGGGGUCCCGGCGGAGCGGGGGGAGCCGCCGCCGCCGCCCCGCCGGUCGGUGAUGUGUCGGUCGCAGCUCCCGGAGCUCCGCGCUCCCCACGCCGCCGCUUGCAGCUAGAUCCACGCCCGGCGAGCUGCCAUGGAAACGGGCAGCCCGGAGGAGCGGGACGGAGCGGAGCCGCGGCGGCAGGAGGGCGGGGACGCCCCUCCCGACAGCGCCAAUGGCUCGGUGGUGGCGGCCGAGCCGCAGCAGCCGCCCCCCGGCAAGCUGAGGAAAACGGCCUUCAAACUGUUCGGGGGCAAGCGCAGCAUCUGCACCCUGCCCAGCUUCUUCGGCGGCCGCGGCAAGAAGGGGCUCAGCAAGUGCAAGACGCACGAGGGGCUGAGCAGCGCCGCCUGUGACAGGGGCGGUGGCACCGGGCGGGACAGCCCCUCGGGGGACAGCAGGGAUGGGCAGCACGCAGCCCUGGCCAGCUCCCGCAGCGCCCAGCUGGCCACCGACAGCAGCACCCGCGGGGAGCUGGGCCAGCAGGACGGCUCUCCCCCCGGCAGUAUGGAGGGCUGGGACAAAAAGCCCAGCGGGGAGAAACCCUCCGUCCCCAGACCUAAGAAGGGGCUGAAAGGGUUUUUUAGCAGCAUCCGGCGGCACAGGAAGAGCAAGGCUGCCGAGAGCGAGAGGGCAGAGCUGCCCGAGUGGGGCGGGGACGCGGAGGAGGCUGGCAGUGCUGCUGGAGGGGGAGUGCAGAGCCAAGGAGCUGCGGAGGGCAGGGCAGCAGGGCCCGAGCCGGAGGGCACAGCCAGCCUGGGGGGUGACUCCAGCUGUGGCCAGCCCACCGAGCCCUCGGGCCCCGUGGCCGAUGGAGGCGGCUCCGAGGGUGACACCGCGGCCGUGCCGGGGGACGGGGACGUGCCAGAUGCCAAACCAGAGGCCGAGGCCGCCGCCUGCGCCGAGUUUGACCGGCAGAGUUUGCUGCUGGCCUUCCACCCUGACUUCAUGGACAGCGAGCCGCCCUGCCUGCACUCCGGGGAGCUGCUGAGCCUCAUGCUGGGGGACGUCACCUCCCUGAAGAGCUUUGACUCGCUGACGGGGUGCGGUGACGACAUCGCCGAGCCCGACAUCGCCGAGAGCAGCGUGGCCGUGGAGCGCGGCCGCGACGCCGCCAAGCGCGGCUCCUGCCUCGUCACCUACCAGGGUGGGGGGGAGGAGAUGGCCAUCCCCGAGGAGAACGAGGACUACCUGCAGCAGGUGUGGGACAGCAGCGUGCCAGGGGACAGCAGCUACGGCGCCCAGGUGUCCAGCAGCAGCCUGGAGACACACGCCUCGCACGAGGCCGACGCCCACCCCUACAUGGACGGCGUUGAUCUCCUGACGCCCCAGAGUGACCAGCAGGAGUCUGCCCCCAACAGUGACGAGGGGUAUUACGACUCCACCACUCCAGGGCCGGAUGAUGAGGCUGGAGAGGAGCUCAAGAAGGACAGACUGCCCCGGGACAGCUACAGCGGCGAUGCACUUUACGAGUUUGACGCCCUGAUGAGCCCCUCUCACGGGGAGGAAUCCCUGUUCGAGGGCAAAGUCCCACACCAGGGCAUCUUCAGCUACUUCAUGGACUUCUGCCUCCCUGCAGAGAAGAGCCUGAUCCAGCAGAUGAUGGAUCAGAAAAGAGGGCUGAUGGAAACUGAAGAAGAAGGGCUUGCAGCCAUUCAGAAAGAGCUGCUGUACUGGGAGCUGCAGAGGGAGCCCCUCCUGAAACGCCUGGAUGUCUCCAGCACGGAGAAGUGUCCCCGGGAAAAGCAGUGCAUUGAAUGUAAAAGCAGAGCAGCCAGCUCCAUUGGCAAGGCUCAGAGUGGCCCUGGGAGCGAGCAGGUGGCCUCACACCCCCCGAGCCGGGCUGUCAAUGGCGGGGUGGCAGUGGCCAGGGCUGAAAAUCCGGAGUGGAGGGAUUUCCCAGGGACUCUGUGUCCGGACAACUGUUACAACAGCCAGAAAGGCCCCGGGGGUUGCCUUAUUCAGCUGACAAAGAACACGCCAGGGUUCGAUGCGGAGCUGGACUGUGGGAUGUUUGGGGACCCAGCCCAGGCAGGGCUGUUCCCCGGGUUCAGGCUCCCGGAGCAGGAGCACGGUGCGGCAGAGCCCCAGGUGGGCAGCGAGCCCGAGCACGCCGUCAGCUUCUCGCAGGCUCUGGUGGAGUUCGCCAGCAGCGGGACCCUCUUCUCCAGCCUCUCCGAGAGCCUGGGCAGCUCCGCCUCCAGCUCGUCCUUCACGCAGAACCUCCCCGCCCUGCCCACCAUGGUCACCUUCGACGUGGUGGACGUGGAGCAGGACGGGGAGGGCGAGUGCGAGCAGCACCCGGAGCUGACGGCGGGCGAGGACAUCGCCGAGCCCUUCGAUGACGGCUACGGACAGAAAGAGUCCCUGGCUGAAUGUGACGAGAGAAUGUCCCCGGGCUUCUCCCCGGGCUCCUUCCAGAGCUGCAACUGGGGUGUGGCCAGCCUGCCCCGCCACCUGCGCCUGCACGGCCUCAGCCCCUCCCUGCCCGCGCCGCUCUCCGUGGACAGGAGGAGCCGCUCGCUGGACACCGAGAGCCUGGAGCUGGAGCUGGAGCUGGCCGAGCCGCAGGCUGCCCGCAGCGGCCCCCAGCCCUGCCGCCUCCGGGCCCGGCGGGAGGCUGCCAGGAAGGACUCUGCCGGGGCCAGGAGGAGCAGGAGCAAGGAGGAGGGCGAGCAGCUGCAGCACGGCGCCUACACAGCUCCCGGCGGGGUGCAGCUCUGGGUGGAGAGCGUCUGGGAGCCUGCAGAGCCAGCAGCCGCGUCCCCUUUCCUGCCCCAGGCCAUCGGGGAGGCUCCGGAGGGGCGGCCCCAAGAGGCGGAGCUGAGCCGGCUCCCGCUGCGCCCCUCCAAGCUCCCCCUGCAGCCCGAGGCGCGGCGGGGCUCCUACCGCCACCCCGGGGAUGUCCCCAGGCUGCCCCACCCCGGGGAUGUCCCCAGGCUGCCCCACCCCGGGGAUGUCCCCAAGCUGUCCCGUGUGUUACCGCUGGGAGAAGCGGGGCUGCCCCCCAGCUUUGCUUUCCCCUCGGAGCACCGUGCCAGGGGCAAACCCGUGGGCAUCGCCCAGGGAGUGCCACAGCACCCUGGGGACAGCGCUGGGGACACGCAGAGCCCCCCGGAGCCCCUCAAGGGCAGGGCCACCCCGGGGCACGGCCGUGGCACCGUGUGCGGUGUCACCGACGCUGAGUAGUGCAGGAGUGUCACAGUGUCACCGUGUCACCCAGCCCGGGGCUGCAGGAAUGUCACCCCGGCUGAGAAUCUACAGGAAUGUCACACAUCACCCAGCCAAGGAGCUGCAGGAAUGUCACCGUGUCACCGAGGCUGAGAAUCUACAGGAAUGUCACUUGUCACCCAGCCCAGGGGCUGCAGGAGUGUCAGUGAGGCUGAGCAUCUGCAAGAAUGUCAUUAUGUCACCAGCCAAGGGAAUGCAGGAGUAUCACCUAGGCUGAGCAUCUGCAAGAAUGUCAUUGUGUCACCAGCCCAGGGGCUGCAGGAGUGUCAGUGAGGCUGAGUAUCUGCAAGAAUGUCAUUGUGUCACCAGCCAAAGGGAUGCAGAACUGUCACCGUGUCACCAUGCUGAGGCUGCUCUGGGCAGCAGGGGGCAAAGGGAAGGACAAAACCAGGAGCAGUUUGGGGGGGACCUGAGUUUGAGCUGGGCUGAUGCUGCUCUCCUCUCCUGCAGCCAUCCAUGGCCCUGCCCCUGUAGCUGCUCCAGUGGGGUUUGGAGCUGCCUCCAGGAUUCCUCCAUCCCACGGAGGCACUUUGUGCUUUUCCAGCCCUCUCCAGCACCGAGUGCAGCAGCAGAAGCUGGGAUGGACCUGCUGCUGGUUUGUGCAGGACUGGGGCUGGGGGAACAGGCCUUGGGCAGACUUUGAGGGAAAUGGGGCUGUUCUCUUCUGGGUGAAAUGUUUUGGUUCAGACUCACUGGGAAUGUCUCCUCAGUGUGGGGAGCUGGGAGGAAAGGAGCUGCUCCUUCAGAACAAGGGGAACUUUGCAGCAACAUUUUUAUUUAUUUGGUUUGUCCUUGCCCCAAAGCAAAGCAGGAGCUUUUGUGUGUGUGCUGAUAACGUCUCCAGGUUCGGUUUCAGUUUUACUCACAGAGAUGUGCUGUCCAUGGUGUCCCUUUGAAGAACAAAGUGUUGGUCCUUUCUUUGUUGUGGUCUUUUUCACAGUGCAGAAUUCCUGGUGGAAACUUUCCCUUGCUCCUGGCCUCUCCUGGGCCAUGGGGACAGGGAGGAGCCUUUGAAAUAAGCUAAAUUUGCAUCGUGCCUGUAGCUGUCAAGUGGCAGAUGCUGUUACUUUCUCAAAAGGAAACUUUGUGGCUUUUUUAUUUAAUUUUUUUUUUUUUUUACGGUUGUUUCCUUUGCAUAAACCCACAGGAGGGAAGUUUUGUGUUCCUUGGAAUUUGGGAUGGACUGCAGCUACAUUGGGAUUCACUCCUCCUGACUGGAGGGAACAGAAAAGCUGGAAGCUGCUGGAGGUUUGGGAUUUUUUGCCUUUUUGAAGGAAUGUGGAGGAGGGACACAGGCUGAGGGGACAGAUUUUGUCCUGUGAGCUCUGUUCCAGGCUCCUGCUCCCCUCUGUGAUCCCAAACCCCAACCCAUGACACAAAGCUGCUCCCUGUCCUCUCCAAGCUCUGUCUUCUGAUUUCAUUCCAUUACCAAGAAUUUUUCUUUCCCCCCACCCCUUAUUGCCCUUUCUCUAUUUUUCUUUGCAGCAGAGUUUGUAGCAUUCAAAAAAAAAAAAAAAAUCCCAAAGUGGAAAUACCAGAGUUUUAGCACAUUUGUGGAGUGAGGGGUGGCUCUGCCUGGUCAGACUUGAUUUUUAACACAUUUGUGGAGUGAGGGGUGGCUCUGCCUGGGCCAGACCCGAUUUUCCUGCCCUGCUGGGUCACCCUCCUGCUGCUCUCCUGCUCCACAUGGAUGUGGCUCCAUCAGCUGCUCCCUGCCAUCCCUGCAUUUCCAGCACAAGGAGCUGAUUUUGGGUUUGUUGAGGGUUUUUUUCCACCCAAGUAAAAUGAGAUAUUCCUUUUGAGAAGAGAUUCCUCCUGCCCUGCCCUUGGAUACCUGGGAAGGAGCAGGGGGACUCUGUGUGUGAUGUGAUCAGAGCAGAUCCCUCUGUGCACCCACGGGCUCAAACCUGAAUUUUUCCAUCUUUUCCUGCCAGGAACCUGCUGUGCCAUCCUCCCUCAUCCCAGAGAGGAUUCCCUGGGACACAGCUGGCUCUGGGUGCCACUGCCACACCCAGACAGAAGUGGGGAGCCAGGGCAAGGUGGGACAGCGCUGGGAGCUUUUCUCCCCUCAUUAGCACAGCUGCUAAUGAGCUUUGGAUUGUUAAUGACCUAAUCUCAAAGCAGGCACACCCUGCUGGGACACCACAGGGACAUUGUCACCCCUCACAGCCCUGGCUGGCUUCAGUCCUGCUUUUAUUUCCUUUCACGUCUCACCAAAGGCACCCGGGGGGUUCCAGGCUCUGGAGCUUUGUUCAGCCAAAGUCCUGCUGAGGGCUGGGGGUGUCUGGGUGCUACAUGAAUGUUCUGUAGGAUCCUGGUGGAGGUGGGGAGGUUCACAGUCUGACUUUAUACCAAAGGUUUCUCCUCUUAAUUCGAUGGGAACUCAACCAGGCAAAUAGCUCUGGAAUUCAAAUGAGUUUUCCUAACUCUGCUCAGUCACUAAUUCGCUGGAUUAUUGGCAGAUUCUGCCCCAUUAACCCAAAGAAAUGGGAAUUUCCAGUGCAGCCUGUAAAUGAUGACUGCAGUAGGAUUGGAUUUCACUGCCUGCUGAGCCACUCUUCCCAAAAAACCCCCUCGGGAUCCAUGGGAACAAAGCUGGGCUGGAGCUGGCUCAGCCCAACACUGCCUUACCCCAGGAGCUCACAUUUGGGGUGCUCCCUGAAAGGGCUUCCCAAGCAGAAACCAGUCAGAAAUCACAGAAUGUCCUGCCAAAAUACUGAGGGGAAACUCGAGGGAUCGGCCUUGCCUGCAGUGAGGGAUGGUGAAGCUGUGAUGGAGCCACACCAAGAGGUUCUGUGUUGCAUUCUGGGGACUUGGGGGGUUUGCUUUGCUUUGUUUGUUUUUAUACACAUAAGAAAACAGUCGGUUUUUCUCUAUUUUUGUAUAGUUUUGCAUUUUAUAAUCAUGGGGAAAUUUUACAGAUUGUUCUUUUACUCGUGUGUCUUGUCUUUCCACGUGGUGUGGUUGCUUUUUCCAAAGGCCAUUCCUGCUGCCUGGAUCCCACCAGCUGCUCACCAACACACUUUGCACACACCUGAGACAUCCUUGACCCUCCUCUGUCACACUCAGCUCUCCCUUCUUUGCUUUUCAGUGUUGUUUUUAAUCCCAACCUGUGGAUUUUUGGUGAUUUGUCCCUCCAAGUGCUGUAAAAAGCCCACAGGUUUCAGCUGAGGCUUUCCCUGCUGAUGUAAUUUUAUCUAAAAUUGGGGGCUUCUCUUCAAUCCCUGUGCAGGAGAUGCUGAUGGAUGGAAAUGCUCUUGGAGAGAUUUCCUCUCCUCUUGCUUGGCUUGGAUUUUUCCUUAAAUAAUCCUGGGAUGAGCAGAGCUUCUGGAAUGUUCAAAUCCAGCCCAAAGCAAAUUCCCCUCUUUUUUUUUUUUCCCCAACAGAGGUGGCAAUUGUCACUAAUUUGGCUCUACAUAGAAUUUUUUUUUUCUUCUAAUUAAUAACUUGUCACCUAAUGGUGCUUUUAAAUUUUUUUCUGCCCUGGAAUUCUGGGGUCCCUCUUCUCCUUCACUUCUCAGCCACAUUGAGUCACCCCAAAUCUCCAUUUGGGUGAAGGAAGAAAUUCAAAUCCCAAAAAGGAAAAAAGGAAUUAUCCCUUCCUUCUCCUUGGCUGCCCCAUCCUGCUGCCAGGGCACCAACCUGGCUGAAUUGGUUUUGGUUUUUUGUUUUUUUUUUCCUUCCUGGUCUCAUUGCUACUAGUCCUUUCAAGUUUUUAAUGUAUUGAUUGUGUUUUAAAAUGAAUGUUCCUUUCACUGAAUUCUAAUGAAUAAACUGCAGAUUUUUAGAGAACAUUGGA